UGAAUCGCUGAGUGUGCAGUGCUUCCACUGGGUACUGACGCGCAUGCAACACGAUAUGGAUAUGAUUGUCAGCGACAAGAAGCAAGCGCGCAUAUGGGCAAAGCGUUUACAUGUCGCAAUACAGACAUUCCGCGAAUUGUUGCUGAGUUUACUGGCGCUGCAGAAAGUAAAGGAUGAUAGAGCUUUGGCACUCUUCGAUAUGCUCUUGAAUAAUGUCUGCUAUGUGCUGGAAUAUCGAGAGACAAUAUUGCAUUUGCUAAUGAACUACAAUGAGGCGCAUAGUACAAACUGUUACUUUGUUUUGACCCUCUGCAUAGUGCGCCCGAAAUCAAAAAGUGCGGCCAAUAUUGAGUCGGCUAAAGUGCACCCAACAAAAGAAAAAAAUAUCCCGCUGCCAGAAGGUUCUAAGCUCGGAUCUCUCGAUUGGUACGCCAGUGCAUUGCUCAAUUGGUCAUGGACAAUGUUGGAGCAGCGCGAGUAA